AUGACCACUGGUAGAAAUCUCGUACUUCUUUCUUUUAUAAUUUUUAGCCUUAUACUUCUGUUUCGUAAAUCUUAUUUUCAUUUAAAUAGAAAGUAUGGCUCUCGCGUUGUCUAUGUUAUCUAUCUAUCCCUACUGUGUUUCACCGCCCUAUUUUGCAAUUGUAUUCGUCUCUAUCUAAUUUCGAAUAUGUAUAUCUUUUUCUCUACAGUAUUUAUUGGCACUUGUGCGGUUUCGGGGUCGGGUGGUGAAGUGAAUCCCCAUUCCGAAAAUCUUCAAGCGGAAGCUCCGAACGUAGGCCAAGUUCCCUACAGGAAUGAGGCAGGCCCCUCCUCGGUAAGGCAAGGGGGGGUAGAUUCGCUGAGCACUCCCGGCGCUGAGGAUAUGUGUGGCACAUCACAACCUCAAAACGAGGUUUUAUCACAGGCUGAUGAAGAAGAGCUUAGGGAAAAAGCGGAUGACUGGCUACUACUAAACCUGUACCAUAUUGAGAAUGAACUACAAGAUGAAAUCUCCCUUUUACGAUCAAGAGAAAACAUGCGGGCCCUUGCGCCUGAGCGUACGGCCCAUAUUAUUGAAGAUUUCGGGGAAAAAUAUGGACUGGACAAACUCCCCUAA